AUGGAGUUCAUUGUACAAUAAGGUAGCAGUAUUGUGAUGGUAAAAAUAAAUUUGAUUGGAAAGCUAUGUUUUUGGUUAAAAAUGCGAAUAUCAUUAAAAUCAAGUUGUAAAACUGCUCCAGAGUCAAUCAAUAAUGAAAAUCUUUAUGAUUUUGUUACUUUAGAAAAAAAAGGAUGCUAUAUUAUACCUUAAACAUGA